AUGCCUCUGGCCGCCAAAUCAUCCCCGUCAAACCAGGCUGGAACCGGAGUAAAACUCCUGACGGCGGAGGAUGUGACUAUUCAGCCUCUGAUACAGUAUUAUAGCAAUUUUGAACGCCAUGUCAAAAGCAACUCAUUGCACAAGAUGUGGUUUACUGGCGACAUUGAACCGUGGAGUAACUUUGAGAACGAGGUAUCCAAUGCUUGUUCAAAAAUUCCAUGGGCCAAACACCCAGACAUCAUCGCAUACGGCCCUCCUGACGCAGGAUUCAGUGAGUUUCAUAUAGGCUUUAGGGACCAUUACGCAUGUGGGGAGGAGCUGUCAAUUAUCACAAGAUGGGCCCAACAUGCUCUUCAUCCCGUAUCCGCUGUCAGCAAGGUCCUGGGCUUUAACCUGGUAUUUGGGGACUGGAAAGCUACUUCGAAAAAGAGGAUCGAUUUCGUUCCAGCCGUAGAAGUUGACUCCACGAUACGGGAUUUGGCUAGACCUAAGGAAACGGAGACGUCCAUAAAUAAAGGCACAGGCAGAGAAUAUGUAUUAAACGAAAGUGAAGAUGUCAUAAAUGUUCGAACCAGAAGAUCCUUGGUCCCUGACUAUGCCUUGAUGGUAGCGGCGGAUGGCGCACCUCGGGCAGUUGGAGAAGCAAAGACUCCUUGGAACCAUGAUUUUCCACAAGUUUGGAGAGAAGUUAUGGAUAUAGGGGGCCCGGAGCCCAAAUUCCUAGCAAGGCAGACCCUAGGCCAAAUCGGGAACUAUAUGAUCGAGCUUGAGCUAAAGUAUGGUUUUUUGACCAACUAUAUCCACACCUUUUUCCUUAAGAGAGGGGUGAACAAGGAUGGAGAAGAAUUGUUCUACUGCUCAAGGCCCAUUCCAUACGACGAUUCACCUAUGACUGGAUCUAAGAUCUCCGUUCGCCAGUCACUGCUCUUCCUUGCGGAUUCUGCUCGUGGGGAGAAUGCGUGGUACGCAAAGAAGAUCUCGAAGACAAACAUCGUGAAGAGGAAAAAAGGCGAGUCGAUGAAGAAGGUGCGGGAUAAAUUAGCCGCAGUCACCCAAGGUAAGAAAAGGAAGGCAGCUGAAGAACUUGGUCGUGAUGUCACGGCAAAAGCCACUCUUGAAGGACGCUCCUCCCGACACCGAGUCCAUUUUAUGGACGAUCCAGAGGUUAGGAAUAAGAAGCCUCGCCGUCUGGCUCCAAAAAGACGUGGCAAUCUGGCCCCGAAGAUCAUUAGUGGGUAA